GUUGAGUAGAAAAAAUAUUGCGUGAAAGAGGUUUAAGGUGAAAUUUGAAGCAGUUCUUUAGAUGCAAUUUAAAUUUCGGAAGAAGCUGUAGAAGUUCAAGUGGAAAAGUCCAUUUAGCAAUAAAGGAUUGCAAACCAUAAACUUAAAGGAAAGAGAGCAUUUGAAACAGUUGUUGAAAAAGAAAUGAGCCAAAUGGAGCGUUAUCCUCUGGAAAUGUCUCACCUUCCAGAAUGUUUUCUAGAAAAAGCCAAGAAAGAACUCAAUGAAGUGCCAGAACAACGAACUGAAGAAUUAAGAAAAUUCAAAGAGAUGUUGUCAACUGAUAAAACCUUCGCAGGCAUAGAUUUUGAGGAUGACUUCUUGUGGCUCUUUUUAAGACAUGCGAAACACGACUCUUCGAGGGCUCUGACACAUCUUCGAAAUUUAAUCAAAUUUCGAAGAAAUUACAGCCAUUUAUUCCAAAGCAUUGAAGAUGGCUUCUUUCAUUCCAGUCCCUCAACUCAGUGUUUUUCUAUACUUCCAAAAAGAACUUCUGAUGGGUGUUCAGUAAUUUUAAUAGAAGUAGGUAAAUGGGACCCAGAAGAGUUUCCGUUAGAACAUUUCAAAAGAAUGUUCAUUUUUGUGAUCUUGCAAACACUCAGGGAUCCAGUGACGCAAAUCAAUGGAUUCAAGAUCAUUCAAGAUUACAAGGACACUAAUAUGAAGCAUCUGAAGUGCUGCACUCCCCAGAAUAUCUACCUCGAAUAUCACUUGGGCAUGAAUUGUGUUCCAGGACGAUAUAGAGAAAUCCACUUCAUCAAUGGAUCUAUGGUCUUAACGCUUUUUUGGUCUAUCGCAAAACUCCUCUUUCCAAAGAAGAUAAAGCAAAGAGUGAUGUUUCAUUCUAAGCCAGAGGAUCUCUUGAACUUCUUUCCACCGGACAUGAUCCCCACUCAGUGGGGUGGCACUCUGACGGAUUACCACGAUGAAAAUUUGCUGAAGAAAAUGAAUAAAGAACAUGGAAGCUACCCUAUAGGAGGGCCUAAAAAUUAUUUUUAAAUAUUUCUAGUAUUUAUUUUUAAGCACAAAACAUAAUAAACAAUUCUUUAUGUAUUGA